GGCGUCAAGCCGCAGCCUCCGAGCGAGAGAAAGCGCGGCGCACGCAGACGAACGAGAGCGGCGGCCGCGGUCUCCCCGAGCGCCCCGCGGUCCGGCAGCCCGCGUCCCGCCGCCUCGCUCCGGCCCGGCUCCGCGGCCGGGACUACUGGGCCGUCCGCGCGGCUCCGCGGCCCGGGAGCCAUGUUGAGCGGGGGGCUCGGCCACGCGUGAGGCGGCCGGCGGCCCUCGCGGAACGGAAGGCGCGAGUGGGGCGGGGGAGGCCCGAGACGCCUCGGCGCGUCCGCCGCCGCCGCCGGACCUGCAUCCGCUCGCCCUGCGCGCCCGCCCGGAGCCCGCGGGCGCCGCACUUGCUGAUUCUGCCAUUGAACCGAAGUUAAUCUCUUCAUGAAGACUGGCGAGGCAGUGAACUGAUGCUUGUCUCCACCUCUCAGCACUGCGAUUGUAGACACGUGCCCCCACGCACAGCUCUUCAUAUGGGCUCUGGAAACCUGACUCAGAAUUUUUUAAGUCACAUUUGACUGAUAGGAUGAAAAAGUUUAAGAGGAGACUGUCCCUCACGCUCAGGGGAAGCCAGACUAUCGAUGAGUCGCUGUCGGAGCUGGCUGAGCAGAUGACGAUCGAGGAAAGCAGUAGCAAAGACAACGAGCCUAUUGUGAAGAAUGGCAGGCCUCCAGCUUCUCACAGUAUGCAUUCCUUCCUUCAUCAGUACACAGGCUCUUUCAAGAAGCCCCCAUUGCGAAGACCCCACAGUGUCAUUGGAGGAAGCCUUGGUUCCUUUAUGGCAAUGCCCAGAAAUGGAAGCAGAUUAGAUAUUGUUCAUGAAAAUCUGAAGAUGGGAUCAGAUGGUGAGAGUGAUCAAGCUUCUGGGACAUCAUCUGACGAAGUCCAGUCACCUACAGGUGUUUGCCUCAGGAAUCGUAUACAUAGACGGAUCUCAAUGGAGGACUUGAAUAAGCGGCUGUCACUGCCUGCAGACAUCAGGAUACCUGAUGGCUACCUGGAGAAGCUGCAGAUCAGCAGCCCACCCUUCGACCAGCCCAUGAGCCGCAGGUCCCGCAGAGCUUCCUUAUCAGAAAUUGGGUUUGGGAAAAUGGAAACCUACAUCAAAUUGGAAAAGCUUGGAGAGGGUACAUAUGCAACAGUGUAUAAAGGAAGGAGUAAAUUGACAGAGAAUUUGGUGGCAUUAAAAGAGAUCCGCUUGGAGCAUGAAGAAGGUGCGCCCUGUACAGCCAUAAGAGAAGUUUCACUGUUAAAGGAUUUAAAACAUGCAAAUAUAGUAACCUUGCAUGACAUUGUUCACACAGAUAAAUCUUUGACUCUGGUCUUUGAGUAUCUGGACAAAGACUUGAAACAAUACAUGGAUGACUGUGGGAACAUCAUGAGUAUGCACAAUGUAAAGCUGUUCCUGUACCAAAUUCUCCGUGGUUUGGCAUAUUGCCACAGAAGAAAAGUACUGCACCGGGACUUGAAACCACAGAACCUCCUCAUUAAUGAAAGAGGAGAACUAAAGCUGGCUGACUUUGGACUAGCCAGAGCCAAGUCAGUUCCCACAAAGACCUACUCAAAUGAAGUUGUCACACUGUGGUAUCGGCCACCUGAUGUGCUUCUUGGUUCCUCAGAGUACUCUACGCAGAUUGACAUGUGGGGAGUUGGCUGUAUUUUCUUUGAAAUGGCUUCUGGAAGACCACUGUUUCCAGGGUCAACUGUGGAAGAUGAACUGCACUUAAUAUUUCGACUACUAGGAACUCCAUCUCAGGAAACUUGGCCUGGUGUUUCUUCGAAUGAUGAAUUCAAGAACUACAACUUCCCAAAAUAUAAGCCACAACCUCUAAUUAAUCAUGCACCCAGGUUAGAUUCUGAAGGAAUUGAGUUGAUAACAAAAUUUCUUCAGUAUGAGUCCAAGAAAAGGGUUCCAGCAGAAGAGGCCAUGAAACAUGUGUACUUCCGAAGUCUAGGACCAAGAAUACAUGCUUUACCAGAAAGCGUAUCAAUAUUCAGUUUGAAAGAGAUUCAGUUGCAAAAGGACCCGGGUUUUCGAAAUUCUUCCUAUCCAGAGACAGGACAUGGGAAGAACAGAAGACAGAGCAUGCUCUUUUAAGUCUGGUAACAUGGUUUCAAGCCCAGCCCCAGCCUUUCUUAUCAGCCAUGGACUCAGAGCUGAAGGCAGUCAUUUCUUGUGCUGGACUUGGGAUCUCCGUGUGUCUACACUGUCCUCUUCACAGUGGAGUCUUUUUAUUUCAGACCUACAGAUUGUUUUUAUAUUUGUUGUCACAGUGUGACAAUUUUUUUUGUACAGUUGGUUUUAAGGUCUUCUCUGCCAGUAGAGCCAGUAGGUUACAACUGUCAAUGUAACUGUAGCUGCAGAUUUGUGCAGGACUGAGAAACACAGCGCAUUAUUUAUUGCGGAAUCAUUGCUGCUAAGUAACUACUGUCUGUUUAUUUAACACAACAGUUGAAUGCCUGAAGAAGUUGCAGUGGCUUUAUUAUAUGUGAACGCAUCUGUUUCUCCUCACAAAUUGUUUUACUGCUGCAUUUUGUUUGUUCAUUUGUUUUUAAAAAUUAAACUACAGUGUUUCCUGGAAUGUA